CCGUCCGGGAAUCCAGUGUCAGUAAGAAUGAGGUUGAUAGAAGGUGUAGCGGGAGGACAAGUCUGCCAUUCGUGAUUCUUUCUUCAAUUCGAGGACGAGCAAUCGGGGGAAGAUGACCGUGCAGCGGUAUUUGACUCCCGAGCAGCUGGUCGGGUUCGAAAAUUACAAGUAUAGUGCACAGGACACCAGCCCGCUGAGUUACUAUGUUAUGCACCCAUUUUGGAAUGCUGUUGUUAAGAUAUGUCCACGAUGGGUUGCCCCUAAUGUUUUGACAUUUGUUGGAUUUCUGUUCACUGUUGGAAAUUUUGUAAUUCUCAGCGUCUAUGACUACACUUAUUAUGCAUCAAGUGAUGCGCCCCCUGGAAAUGAAUAUCCCCCCAUUCCCAAUGCUGUGUGGUUAGCUUGCGCAUUUAAUCAUUUUAUGGCACACACACUAGAUGGCAUUGAUGGUAAGCAGGCACGUCGCACAGGAACUAGUGGUCCCCUGGGAGAACUAUUUGACCAUGGGUUGGAUUCCUGGACAACUUCUUUCAUUCCUAUGUGCCUCUUGUCUGUGUUUGGUCGUGCUGACUUCAGUAUCAGCCCUAUGAGAUUUUAUUUUGUGAUGUGGAAUGUACUUACCUGCUUUUAUACAACACACUGGGAAAAGUAUUUGACAAAAAUCCUUUUUCUGCCAUGGGGAUUUGAUAUAUCACAAGUGCUCAUCUUUAUUAUUUACUUGGUGACUGGCAUUUGGGGACAACACAUUUGGAAAUUUGAGAUCAUUUGGGGAAUAUCUUCGGGAACAAUGUUUGAGUGCAUGAUGUACACAGGAUCUUUGGUUACAUCUCUACCUAUGUCCUUCUACAAUGUUUACAAGUCGUACCGAGACAAAACUGGGAAGAUGCUGGGAGUUUGGGAGGCUUCAAGACCUUUGGUGUGUCCCAUAUUAUGUUUUAUUUUGUGCUCCUUUUGGGUCUUCCAGUCUCCUUCUGAUAUAAUUAACAGGGAUCCACGCAUGUUUAUGUACAUGGUUGGAACUAUAUUUGCCAACGUCAAUUGCCGACUAAUUGUGUCACAAAUGAGCAGCACUCGCUGUGAGUUGCUAAAUUGGCUGAUGGCUCCUUUAGCACUUGCUGUAGCUGUUGUUUGGAUUAUUCCUUCCCUUGAAAUGGCAACACUAUUGGUCUUAAGUAGCUUGGCAUCUGCUGCGCACAUCCAUUAUGGAGUUCAUGUGGUUCGUCAGAUGUGUGAACACUUCCACAUCAUGUGCUUCAGCAUCAAAGACAGGGCCGAUUGACUGCUCGCCGACAGCGCAUAAGGAGUUUCCAGAUAGAUGCCCUCAAAAUCUUCACAUACUAUUUUGUCAGUUAUUCAACUUCAUUCCUGGUGACAUCGGAAAGUAUCAUGACAGAAGUUAUGCAUAUCAUUAGUCAUUUUCAUUACAUGUAAUUGAUUAUGUUCAUUCUGAGUGAGCACUGGGUCAUUCCAGUUGGUAAAGGAAGUGGGAUGUUGGUUUAUUCAUAGUGGGAGAAAGUUAGAUGUCUCUGUAUGAGUAGAAACUGCUCAAGUUCAAAGUGAACACACACUCAAUCUAACGAACGAUGACAAUAACAGGUUUAUUUAUAGUCAAGAGAAGGUCUCUCUCUCUCUCUCUCUCUCUCUCUCUCU